CUGUCUCGCAAGCUAGUAGCUCUUAUCCAUUUAUUUCCAUUGCAGGUCUUUAUAAUGACACAUUGACAGAACCGAAGCUAACAAAUACUAGUACAGUAAGAAGCCAAUGGAAUCAACAAAUUUCUUCCGUUUCCUCCUCAUCUUCUUAAGUGGAGCUCUUCUUUUACUGUUCACCUGGAUUCAUCUCCCAUACGCUUCACCAUCAAGCAACACUGACUUCCUCGACUGUGCCACCAACUCCCCUUGGUGCACCUCCAGAAACCGCUUCCUAUCCAAGAAACCAGCCACCGUCAAUAUCCUCAAGAAACCCCCAAGACUCACGCGCCACCAUCAUGAGUCAGACGUUCCCCACCACCCGCUUGAUCCCUUAACCAUCCGAGAACUUAACAAAGUCCGUAAAAUCCUAUCAUCUCACCAGCUCUUCAAGUCAUCUCCCUUUGCUCUACACUCCGUAGUAUUGGAAGAGCCCGACAAGUCACUUGUUCUCAAAUGGCAAAAGGGAGACCCCAUGUUACCCAGAAAUGCUGCCGUCGUCGCACGUGUGAACGGUCAAUCGCACGUGCUAACGGUGGAUAUAGAUACCGGCGAGGUAAACGUACAAGAAGCCAAUCCGCUCUCCGGUUACCCGACGAUGACGAUGGAGGACAUGACUUCAGCGACAUGGGCCCCACUAUCUAACGCUGAUUUCAACCGUACGAUCAUCGAGCGUGGAGUUGAUCUGAAGGACCUGGCUUGCCUACCUAUCUCUUUAGGUUGGUAUGGUACGAAAGAAGAGAACAGGAGACUAAUUAAGGUACAGUGCUACUCUAUGGAGGGCACUGCAAACUUCUACAUGAGGCCAAUAGAAGGGUUGACUGUGCUUCUUGAUAUGGAUACUAAACGAGUAGUGGAGAUAACAGAUAAAGGUAAGACCAUACCCAUACCGAAGGCCGCCAACACAGAUUAUCGCUAUUCCGCCCAGGGGGUCAAUCAAGAGAAGAAACUAAUCAAUCCAAUUUCCAUAGAGCAACCAAAAGGGCCAAGCUUUACUGUGGAAGAUGACCACAUGGUUAAAUGGGCAAACUGGGAAUUUCACCUCAAGCCCGACCCGAGAGCUGGGGUGAUCAUUUCUCGAGCUAGAGUCCAGGACCCGGAUACUGGAGAGAUGAGAAAUGUGAUGUACAAAGGGUUUACUUCAGAGUUAUUUGUACCUUACAUGGACCCUACAGAUGCAUGGUACUUUAAGACUUAUAUGGAUGCGGGUGAAUACGGGUUCGGGUUGCAGGCCAUGCCGCUUGACCCACUUAAUGAUUGUCCUCGAAAUGCGUAUUAUAUGGACGGAGUAUUCGCCGCCGGUGAUGGAUCUCCAUACGUCCGAUCAAACAUGAUUUGCGUGUUUGAGAGAUAUACUGGAGAUAUCGGGUGGCGGCACGCUGAGAGUCCGAUUACGGGUAUGGAGAUUAGAGAAGUAAGGCCAAAGGUGACGCUUGUGGUUAGAAUGGCAGCAUCAGUGGCGAACUAUGAUUAUAUAGUUGAUUGGGAGUUCCAGACAGAUGGGCUAAUCAGAAUUAAGGUUGGACUUAGUGGGAUUUUGAUGGUGAAAGGCAGCUCAUACGUGAACAUGAACCAAGUGCCAGGCCAAGAAAAUCUCUACGGCACACUAUUAUCAGAAAACGUCAUCGGUGUAAUCCAUGACCAUUUCAUCACAUUUUACCUUGACAUGGACAUCGACGGAUCUGAUAAUUCCUUCGUAAAGGUAAACAUCCAAAGGAAGCGGACCUCUCCCGGAGAAUCCCCAAGAAGAAGUUACUUGAAAGCUACAAGAAACGUGGCAAAGACAGAGAAAGAUGCACAAAUUCAGCUCAAACUUUAUGAGCCAUCGGAGUUCCAUGUGAUUAACCCGAACAAAAACACACGGGUGGGCAAUCCUGUUGGGUAUAAGGUGGUUCCUGGUGGCACGGCUGCUAGUUUGCUUGAUCAUGAUGAUCCACCACAGAAACGUGGAGCAUUUACAAAUAACCAAAUAUGGGUCACUCCAUAUAACCGGACCGAGGAGUGGGCAGGUGGGUUAUUUGUUUACCAGAGUCAUGGUGAAGACACUCUCGCAGUAUGGUCUGACAGGGAUCGUCCAAUUGAGAACAAGGACAUUGUGGUGUGGUACACGUUAGGUUUUCAUCACAUACCAUGUCAGGAGGAUUUUCCCAUAAUGCCAACAGUAUCGUCCAGCUUUGAUCUGAAGCCUGUCAAUUUCUACGAGAGCAACCCUAUUCUUGGUCUCCCACCUAAUGUUGAGAAGGACUUGCCUGUUUGCAAGCCUUCAGAUACUGCAUGAAUGGCAAAUAUGUCUUUUAGUUUUUGACUACAUUUAGCGGACAAAAAUAAAAAAAACAAAAAAAAUUUUCUGUUUGCAAGCCAUGCUUCUGUGGCUUGGGGCACAAAUUUCUUGUCUGGCUCGUACAAAUUUUAAUGUAGGAAAAACUUUUUCAGUAUAUA